UUUCCAUUGUUUUUCCGUGGUUUAUGAUUUGUAAAUGAGUUUCUUUUUUCUCUUCAUUAUUUUGGGUUUAUCAUUUGUGAUUUGAUCCAUUUUUUUGGGUUUGAAGCAAGCUAAAACAUUUUCUUGAAUCAAGUUAUCAAUUUAUUCAGAUUUUUCUUUUUAAUUACAAGAUUUUGUUGAUAACAUAUCCCACGGUGGUUUGCCGACGACCAACACUCGUUAUUCGACCAUGAAUGGAUUUGAUCAGUGCCCUGCCAGUAGAUGGAAGACUUGAAAUUCUACAGCGUGUUCCUUUUGUAGAAGCAGCAAGAGCAGACAUCUUGUCGAGUACAAGCAUUUGGUCUGAUCGUCCACAACUUGUGUUUAAUAAGUUCUUGUUUGAAGAGCGCGGCAGAUGGAUUGCACUCGAUCUAACUGCAUGGGUGGACAAAGUGAACGAAACUAUCCGUCGUCACGACGGUCCCAUUGGAAACGUUAUUCUCCACGUUCCCGACAAACAAUUUAAAUGGGCCCCGCAUAUUAACAUCUGGGUUUUUUCCCUGUCAAGGAAGAGUAUCGAGGGACUCACAGUGGAUAAUUGCCAAAAUGAUACAUACAAGAUCGGUUUUCUCUCUUCUUGCCUAAACUUGACAAGAUUGGAGCUCCGUAAUUGUAUUUUCAACCAAUCAUCUGGUGUUUUUCGGAAUCUCCUUCGCAUUUAUCUUGAGAAAAUAGCAUUUGGUUCCGACCAAGUUGGUACUGUUAACCUCGAUGCCCCAUCGCUGGUGUUUUUAAAGCUUUCUUACUGUGUUGGCUUUAAAUAUUUGAAUGUCCAUGCUCCAAAUCUCAAAGUCGUUUCUGCCGUCAACGAAUAUGACGCAAUACUUGAUGACAAGGAUGAAUUUUCUUUAAGGGUUAGGCGGACAAAAUGCAAUGUCCAUUGGUUGUUCUGUGGUUGACAUGAUGUUUAUUAAGUAUGAUGGAACAGGGAAUUCUUGUUCCAUAUUUCACUCGCAUUGGAUGGGAUGCAAAAGCAAGCAUGCUGUGGCUUAUUGUAUAGUGAUAAAUGUUUUAGAUGUUCAUGAAAUUGUUUAAAGCUCUUUUAUUUUGAAGAAAGUCUUGUGUUUGUGUAAGGCACUUCUAUGCUGUGAUAAAAAGUAUUGGUGAAACGGUUAUUCAGCCAUUCUCUACCCGCGCCUUCUCGUUCAAUUUUAAUUCCAAUCCACAUAAUGACAGACGUCCCAAAUUAUAUGUUUUGUGUCUCCCAACUUCAAGUCAAAGGACCAGAAGGUGAGCCACCUUGAACUAUGGACAAAAACAGAAGUUGGUCUGGAUUGGGUUGUGAUUGAUACGGAUUAUAGGAGUCAUACUAGUUACACAUUUUAAAGCUUUCUGCUCAUAGGGGUCAUACUAGUUACACAUACUCUGUUUAUUGGUCAUUAUUAAUAUGAUUUUGGGUUUGUAAUAUUUA